CGGGCAUCUCCUUCUCCCCCUCCUGCUCUUCCCGCCUAUUUAAGCCCUUCCAGGGCUCAAAAGGUGGACACAGACAGGCAGACAGACAAAAAGAAGGAGGAGGAAGAAGAGAGUCAUGGCAGCCAUUUCUUCCAAUGUCAAGCUCUCCGGCACCUUCUUGCUCGUGGUGGUGCUCGUGGGAAUGAUGGUCUUGGCGUCGACCCCGACGGCAACCGCGGCUGUGUCGUGCAACACCGUCAAUUCCAAGCUGAUGCCAUGCUUGGGAUACGUGACCGGUAGUGGGAAAGGGGCACCCUCCUCCACCUGCUGCAGCGGCAUGAAGACUCUCUACGCUAGUCUCAAAGCCGUCAACGACCGUCGAGCCGCCUGCCGCUGCAUCAAGACCCUCACCAGCCGCUACGCCAACAUCAUCAACUUGAACGUCAUCAAGACGCUGCCCAACAAGUGUGGCCUCAAACUCCCUUACACCAUCUCUCCCUCCAUCAACUGCGACAAGCUGCCUUAAACUCAGUAGAUAGAGCACGCUAAGCUGCUCCUGCUGCUGCUGCUGUUGGGAAUUGGGAAGCUGCCGUAGUUCGCAGAGCUGAUGAUGAUGUUUGGUUUACUUCUGCCUGUCUGUUUCUGUUGGAGAGAGAGAGACGUCUCUGUCUUCUCCUAGUGUGACGUUGUACUGUCUUGUCUUCCAGUUUCUAUGGUUCCGAUUAAAUAAGGCUGUGAACUUUGUGCUUCC